GGUCCAAAACUUCAGUCACAACUUGAUACGAAAUCAUAAACCUUGUUUUUAUUUCAUAGCAACACUCCUCCGAUAACUUCAAUAUCCAACCCUGAUCAUGAUCGUCCUCAAUAAACCAUCCUUCGUCCUGGCAGCAACUCUGCUCUUGACAUUGGGACAACCCAACGCUGGGAAAUUUAUAGAGAGUAGAAGCGAUAAUCUUCAGAAAUUCACGUUUUUUACUAACGAAGAUUACACAGGGGACUCGGAAUCGUUUACCUAUAGCGUUCCAAACGUCCAGGAUGUUACCAUUAUUGGUCGGGUGGCAAAGUCAUUUUGUGUCGAGAAAGGAGUUUGGGUGAUUUAUGGGAACAUCACAUUUGGUCCAACUUAUCAAGAAGACCCCGUAAAUCCAACCUUUGACAUUAGCAAUGGUCUGUUGGCAAACUCGAACCUGGGCAUGGUGUGCGUCUCUCUGCACGACGAUGACAACGGACAGUCAGCAACAUACACGUCGAUUCGUCACUUGGCCUCCAACGACUUGGAUGCCACGUCUCUCUCGCUGUUCGAGGAGCGUUGGAAGGGGAACGAGCUCUUUGUGGAAGGCGACAGUCUGCGUCUGCCCAACCCAAUGUCGGUCACUUCCUUUGCUUACACUGGGAACAACCCUUGGACACUGACGCUAUCUUCAGGUGAACAAUACUGCCUCCAACCCGGUGCCAACGACCCGUUUCUGAUGGGGAUUUCCUUCUCCGAUGUCCUUGAGUCAGUUCAGGUCGUUGCUGCCCAAAAAGGCUGCGAUGAAAGCAAUAAUGAAAUGAAGAACUUGCCAGUUCGGCAUUUGGAAAACUUUACGCUAUAUCCAACACUUUCUUCACGAAUUGUAAAACUUAAAGUAUUUCCUUAAUAAAAUAAAGCAUUUGUACAGUUCACUAAUA